AUGACUCAUUAUGACGAGUUAGGACCCGGCCGAGCGGCAUCUCAUUUCGACAAAUCGGCCAUUCACCUGCCUUGGCAAGGUUCGCUGCUGGCCAGCUACUGCGACCCCAGUCGUCAGACCAUGUUUGUUACCGCGAUGAUGCACGUGAAUAAAUACAUUAUCGAGCAGUACCGCGCGCUAGGCUACACAGACACCACUCCCAACAGCUCCGAGUCUGACAGCGAUGAGGAGAUGGACGACGCUUCCAGCAGCGAGAGUGAGAGCGAAAGCGAGGAGGAGAAGCCUGUCAAGAAGGACGCCAAGAAGGAGUCUAAGAAGGUUGAAUCCUCUUCAGAUUCUGAGUCCGAGUCCGAGUCCGACUCUGACGAAGAGGAGGCUCCCAAGAAGGCCGCCAAGAAGGCCGCCAAGAAGGACUCCAGCGACAGCGAGGAUUCCGAGUCUGAGUCCAAGUCUGAGAGUGAGGACGAGGCGCCUGCUAAGGCUGAGAAGGCUGAGAAGGAAUCUUCUGGGGAACCUGAGGAUUCUGAUGAGUCUGAAGUCUCUAAGGGCUCUGACUCCGACUCUUCUGAGUCUGAGUCUGAGUCUGAGAAGCCCUCCAAGAAGCGCAAGGAUAUGCCUCUCUGUUACGCACUGGAAAGCGAACAAACAUGA